GCGACGGUGAGUGUGUGUGGAGAGGAAGGGAAGGCAUCACUUUGUAGCUUUCCGUCUGCAUGCUUCACCACACACGCCUGUAGCAGCAGCAGCCAUGGACGGAUCUCCAUUCUGGGUCUUGUUGCUCAUUCGCCCCUGCUCAUAGACUCCUCUGCUUGCGCUGCGAGGAAUUCGACUCCAUUCUGGGCAAUUCCCACUCUGUGCUGCAGCUUCCAUGGCGAACUUGACAACUCCGCACGGCAAGGCUCUCUCGGGGUGCCACUCUCGCUCCCUCUCUUCUCCUCUCUUGCUUCAGCAGCAGCUUUCCUUCGCCAUCCCUGCCACGCCCCGCAAGUGCCACCACGUCCCUUGCGCCCUGUUCUGGAGUCGACCCAGGAGCAAACGCCUCACCCCGAGCCCGCCCAAGGAUCAGUUCAUCAUCUCCGCGGACCUCACCUCGCAGCAGGCGAAACAAGAGACGGCUAGGGAUUCUGACGUUUCGCCCUUGACACUGACCGUCUCGGUAGUGUCCUCCAUUUCGCUUGUGUCGGCAGAGGCGUGGGAUCUGUGCGCAGUCGAAGCUGCGGGACCAGGGUCAGAGAAUCCAUUUGUUUCUCAUGGAUUUCUGUCGAGUUUGGAGGACAGCAAAAGCGCCGUUGCAGAGGAGGGUUGGUUACCCCAGCACCUCGUUGCACGGGACGCGUCAAAUGAAAUUCUGGGGGUUGUGCCACUAUAUCUUAAAAGCCAUUCGUAUGGAGAGUAUGUGUUCGACCACGCAUGGGCUGAUGCGUUCUAUCGCUACGGCGGAGCCUAUUACCCGAAACUUCAAUGCUGCGUGCCAUUCACUCCAGCCACAGGCCCGCGCCUUUUAGUUAGAGACGGCCCAUUCCGGGAUCAGGUUUUUGAUGGCCUUGCGAAAUGUAUGCAACAAUUGACUGAUCAGAUGAAAGCUUCGUCGCUGCACAUAACGUUUCCAGAGAGAGAAGAAUGGGACCGGGUCGCCAAAGUAGGCUAUUUAAAGAGAAUGGGACUACAAUAUCAUUGGAAGAACCGCGACUACGGCAGCUUUGAUGAUUUUUUGAUGGAUUUGAAGCAAAGCAAGCGAAAAAACAUACGCCAAGAGCGGAAGAAGAUUGUUACACAAAAUAUUACCAUGAAGCGGCUACGAGGUGAUGACAUCAAGCCUUAUCAUUGGGAUGCCUUCUAUACCUUCUAUCGGAGUACCACUGAUAACAAGUGGGGUCAGGCCUACCUUACUAGGGAAUUUUUUCAUUUGAUGGGCGAGCGCAUGGGCGAUCGUGUGCUCCUUGUCGUGGCCGAAGACAAGGGGAAGCUUGUUGCGGGUGCGCUCAAUCUCAUUGGCGGUGAUACACUAUACGGCCGGAAUUGGGGAUGUGCGGAGUACGCCCACUAUAAUUCGCUUCACUUCGAAGCUUGCUACUACCAGGCAAUUGAAGCUGCCAUUGAGAUGAAGUUAAAAACAGUGGAAGCCGGCGCUCAGGGGGAGCACAAAAUCCAGAGAGGGUAUCUGCCCACCGCCACUUACAGUGCUCAUUACCUUCCAGACCCCGACUUUCAUGAUGCCAUUGAAAGUUUCUUGUUGCGUGAAACUGUACAAACGAAGAUGGCUCUGAAGUACCUGGAAGAGGUGAGCCCAUUCAAAGAUGGUAUUCACUAGAAUGAAUAAUCUGAUGGUGAAAUUUGGAGCAAAUAUACAGAAUUCAUGAGCAACCCAGGGCCAAGCCAACUCUGCCAAGGGUUUCCUGCUCUCAAAUCGUACUCCUGUAUCAUAUUUUCUAAAACAUUUACAUGAGUUGGACUCAGUGAAACCCUUUUCCUCGGGUGCCUAGAUGGAGUACAGAACUCUGACAAGGUGAAAGAGGCUCGACAAAGCAGUCCAUAGCAGCUUGAUAAGUUGUUAACCCGUUGCCAUCUCAGAAUCAUGACAUUUGUUAACCUCAUUCUUCUAUCGCAGUAAAGCUUGAAUGAGAGUGAUUCAUGUCAGUUGUGGAGGGUGAUAAGCUUGGUAGCCAGGGUUCGAAUGAGUGUAGAGGCAGAAACAACGCAAUCUUUGUCAGUACCUAUCAACAUUUUGGAAGUUUCGUGAUCCUUCAAAGUUAAGGUCCCUUGCGAAAAGCUUUCUACUAUCCAUUA